AUAAAUCGGAGACGAUUUUAAGUGUGCGUGAUGCAUGUGGUGCAUCUUGUUUACAUUAUGCAGCACGUGUGGGAAAUAUUGAACUGAUGACUGUACUGUUAAGUGAUAUUAAUUAUGAUAAUACUGUGUUAGAAUUUCCACCAAGAUGUUUAUAUGGUUCGACGCCGUUACAUGAUGCAGCGGUUUUGGGACACUUAGAAGUGGUACAAUGGUUAAUUUUGGUUGCGGGUUGGAAUAAAAUGGAUACGGAUUAUGAUGGUUGUACGAUAUUACAUUUAUCGUCAAAAUACGGCCGAAUAAACAUAGUACGGUGGCUACUGUGGGAAGCAGAGAUGCCGGCACUUGAAAGAUCCGUUUCAAAUAGUGCAUUGGCACUUCAUUAUGCAGCUGCUCGGGGAUGUUUGGAUUGUGUACGUUUAUUGGUGGAUGCAUCCCCAGAAUUAAGUGCCAAUACACAAAUGGACAAUGAUGUCACACCAGUAUAUUUGGCUGCACAAGAAGGACAUUUGGAAGUGCUACGAUUUUUGGUAUUAGAAGCUGGUGGUUCAUUAUAUGUUCGUGCUAAAGAUGGCAUGGCACCAUUGCAUGCAGCUUCACAAAUGGGAUGUUUAAACUGCGUUAAAUGGAUGAUACAAGAACAAAAUGUAGAUCCAAAUUUAAGAGAUGGUGAUGGUGCUACACCAUUGCAUUUUGCAGCAUCACGUGGUCACUUAGAAACUGUACGUUGGUUAUUAAGGCAUGGUGCUCGUUUAUCAUUAGACAAAUAUGGUAAAAGUCCUAUAAAUGAUGCAGCUGAAAAUCAACAAGUUGAAUGUUUAAACGUAUUGGUACAACAUGGUACAACACCAGACUACAAUGAUCAUGAUGUUCGACAAACAACCAACAAUAAUAAUAAUAGUAAUAAUGGUAUUAAACCAGGAGGUUGUGCAUGUAGAAAGAGUGAUUCAAAUCAAUCAAAGUGUACAUACUCGGAUUGUAUCAAUUAUGAUAACAAUCAAGAACCAUUUUAUUUACAUCCACCGUCACUACAAAGAAUACCAAUUGAAGCUCCACAUGCACCACACGAUGGCUUGUACAUAAAUCCAAUGUCUACGAAAACACAUCGUCACAGUGCAUCAAGUAGUGCGGCAAGUACACAUUCUGGAUCCGAUAGUAAUUCUGGUGAAUCAUUUUAUUUACAUAAUCCACAAGAAGUGAUAUAUAAUCGUGUAAAAGAUUUAUUCGAAUCAUCACCAAUUCAAAACAAUAGUAUAUCUAGUCCAAGUACACGUCCUCCAGCACCCACACCCACACCGUUACACAUUCCAUCUUCACAAUCAUCACCAAAUAUGUCAGCAUUAACGGUUAAAGUAGAAGUCCAUUCAAGCAGUUCGGGUGCUGGUUCUGAUGAAAAUCUAUCAUCUUCAGAUUUAUCCGAACGAUCCGGAGAUCAUGAAAACGAUUACGAAGAUAUCUAUCUUGUACGUGAAGAAUCGAAUUUAAAGAACCAACAACAACAAGAAGAAAACAAUCAUUUAUUAACCGAAUCAAACAAUAAAGAUUCAAAUAAUGGAGCAAGAUCCAGAAGUCGUGAUUCUGGGAGUCAUAGUCGUUCUGGAUCAGUUAGCUCAAGUACAUCGGGUAAUGUAAUUGUAAAAUUAACAUCUUCACCAUCAACAAAUUCACAGAAGAAUGAGACAAGUAAUUGUAAAAAAAUGAAUGAGUUUUUACCAAAACCACAAAAAUAUGAAAAAAUUACUGUAAAACGUACCACAAAUGUGAAUGAUCAAGAAGUGAAACAGCUAUCACAAGAAAGUGGUAUGUCUAGUGCAUCACCAUCGGAUGUAGGAAAUUCUGAAGAGGAAGCGGAGAAACAUAAAUUAGCUAGUCGACAAAUGUCAUUACCACCACAAAAUAAUAAGAAUAAUUAUUCAUCGAAACCAUCGCGAAAUGUAUUAAAACGUGGAGUAUCUGUACCACUAGAAACAACGGCACCUCCACCACCACCUUUACCAUCAUUAAUUCCCGUAACAGCACCUCCAACAGAGACAAAUCAACAGAAUGGUGCAUCAAAAUCACAAACAUCAUCUAAUAAUGAUUCACAAUCAUCAAAAUCACAAAAUAAUAAUGCAUCGUCAAAUAAUCAAGAUCGUUCAAUGAACAAUAAAAAUGGUAUCAAUGGAAUAAAAUCACAAUCGCAAUAUUCGAAUGUGGACGAUGAUGAUUCUGCCAAUGAUUGUAUAUUGAAACCGUCGGAAUUAUUGAAAGGGCGGCAUAAAACUAUGCAAGUUAUUGGUAGCAAAAGAGUUACACCAGCUGUUAGUCAAGAACAAAUUGACACGCUAAAUGGUAAUAUUAGUUUACAUUCAGACUCCGAUACGGACAAACAUGUUUUAACCAACUUAGUGAACAAACAAUUGGUGUUACCAUUUAUACCACCACGUUUUCCUGGUGCUAAUUGUGAUUCGAAUUCAUUGAUUAAACCAUCCGAAUAUCUACGGAGUAUCAGUAGUGGUGAUAAGCGUGCAUCAAGUGCAGCAUCUUCAAUGCGAUCAUCUCAAUCCGAUUAUGAAGAUUCUGUUUAUGUUGUUAGUAAUGGAAAAGAGAAAAUUUUAAAUGAGAAUAAUAAUAAUAAUCAUUUACAACAAUCGGUAUUGAAUAACAAUAAUAGCAGUGUGAAUAAUUGUGCAAUGAAAAAUACAUGCCAAUCGCAACAAGAGAAUAAAACAAUUGAUGUUGUAUGCGUUGGACCACCGCCUCCACCAUUACCUGAACCAAUUACGGACUUAUCACAAGGAAUAUGCAAAUUUCGUGAAACAAACGACGAUAACGAAUUUUCAAAUCGUAAACAACCGCAACCAUUAUCAGCAAUUAGUAUUCAAGAUUUAAAUAGUGUACAAUUACGACGUACUGAUAAAAUGUUAGCAUCAAAAACAUUUUCAGCACCUACACGAUCCAUGAGCUUACAAUGUUUACAGAGUGAAGCAUAUUUAGCACAAAAAACAGAUCUUAUAGCUGAAUUAAAAAUGUCGAAAGAUAUUUCUGGUAUUAAGAAAAUGAAAGUUGAACGUGCUAAAACUGAAGAAACACAAGUUAAAGAGAUGUUUACAGAAAUUACGAAACAGUUUACUGUUAAUAAUUUUGUUGAAAAGAUACCAGAUAAAGAUAACACAGGCAACAUAAUCCCUGCAUGGAAACGACAAAUGAUGGCGAAAAAAGCAGCGGAACGUGCUCGAAAAGAAUUAGAAGAUCAACUUGCCCGAGAAGCGGAAGAAAAACGUCUUCAAGCAAUUCCCGCAUGGAAACGACAACUAUUAGCUAAAAAAGAAGAAGCCGAACAAAAAAUCAAGUCAACCAUUUAUACGCCUAAAGUAUUAGAAGAUGUACGCACAAUUAAAAUUGACACGAACAACGAUUGUAGACGAAAUCAAGACCAAAAUAAUAAUACGAAUAAAACGAAUGGUGUUUCGAAUUCUACAACAAAUAAUACAAGUAAUGGUUGUACAAAUAAACAAAAUGAAGAGAGUAAUAAAGAAAAUUGUAAUAAAACUAGCGUAGAAACAAAUGAUAGAAAAGAUGUGGACGAAGAAGAAUCAAAUAUUAUACCAUGGAGAGCUCAAUUACGAAAAACGAAUAGUAAAUUAAGUUUAAUAGAUUGAUCUGAUUGAUUUUUUUAUUUAUUCAAUAUUGUAAUAUUAGUAAUACUCCAGUAAACGAAGGGAAAAACAGUCAGUUUCUAAAUUUUGACCUAUAGAACCGAUUUCGAUGAAUA